AUGGAAGAAAGGGCACAGGAUUCCCCACCCCCCCCCCCCCCACAGAUUCAGAGCAACAUCUCGGCGUUGUCUCAAAGAUUCACACCACAACAGCUGCUGACGGCUUCGGCCGUCAUGAAGGCUAUGGCUGAACUUGAAAACCCGGGUAGAAGAAAAAGGCAUAGCUCUCGGCGCAGAGAAAGGUCUACUAGACGUCGAGAGUCGGUGUCAGAACAAGAAGGGUCGAUUCCUGCUGGUAGGGAAUCGACACCGUACCACGAGGAGUACAUCGUACAGUCUCCACAGCCGGGUUGGAAUAGAUAUGAAGGAUAUCUACCUCAUCAGGAGCCGAUGAAGCGAACCAUAUACCCCAAAGACUCCCCACUAUGCAGGGGUAUACUGGAGCAACCUAUGGAGAAAGUAAAGAUGCCGACGUGCAAAUACAACGGAACCACAGACCCCGAAAAUCAUUCCACCGCUUUCGAACAACACAUGAUGCUGUAUUCUGACUCAGAUGCCAUGUGGUGCAAAGUGUUCCAAACCACCUUAUCAGGGGUGGCAGCCGAUUGGUAUAAGAAGUUGCCGGCUGGAUCGAUAUUCAGUUUUCGGCAGAUACAAGAGGACUUUGUAAGGCGAUUCAUUAGCAAGGUUGAACGAAAGAAAACAUCUGGAGAGCUGAUGUCAAUCUCACAAAGGCCGAAAGAACCGCUGAGAGAGUACCUUACUCGGUUUAACAACGAAUCCAUCACCAUACCAGAUUUACAGCAGGAAAUAGCCGUCUUGGCUCUGUUGAGAGGGAUGCAAGAAUGCGAGUUCAAAAGGUACCUGGGAAGAAAAUCAUUUACCUCGCUGGGGGAGGCCUUGAGAAAAGCAAAUGAGUAUAUCAGGAGCGAUGAGCUGAUGCUAAUAUCACCCAUGGGGGGAAAUCAGGCAGUACAAUCGGCCAGGAAGGAUCAUGUUCCCAUACAGCAACACAAUUACCGGAAAGAUAACAGUAGAAAGGAGGGCCAUCAGCAGAGAGGGGGAUAUCCGAAUAGACAACAGCCGGUAGGGGCUUAUCAGGUGUACACUCCCCUGAACACCGCCAGAGCCACCAUCUACGCAGUUAAUAAAUCGGCAGCGUGGAGAAAACCGUUAAUGAUGGAUACCCCAGGUAACAAUAAGAACUUUUGUGCUUUUCAUAAUGAUCAUGGUCAUUACACGGAGCAUUGUAAAGAGCUCAAGGAUAACAUCGAAGAGCUGGUAAGAAGGGGAUACCUAUCCCAGUACAGGGUUCGACAGGAAGGCCAGGGAGGAAAUAAUAGACAGGGGAGUUCGCAUAGUCAUGCCCCAUAUACACCUACUCAGCCGGGGUAUUCACAGCCCACUGGUAGGAUUGAACAGGCACCACCAUCCCUGCAAGAAAUCCGGUCAUUACCGGAAACAAGCAAAGAUGGGGCCGAUAGGGGAAAAAGACCCACUGUCUGGGUGAUCUCUGGAGGGCCCGUGCAUGGAGGCACAGUUAGCGGGGCGAUAAGAAAUCUAGAGGAGCACCGGCACCUGGUGAGUUACCAUAGCGCAAGGAAAUGGCCGGAACCAACCCCCCUACCGGUCAUUGCGUUCACUUCGGACGAUUGCCGCGGCAUAAUAUAUCCCCACGAUGACCCGCUGGUACUGGAACUUGAGAUAGCAAACUUCCCCGUCAAGAGAUGCCUGAUUGAUGGAGGCAGCUCUGCGAACAUCAUAUUUUGGGAAGCUUUCACUCAGCUGAACAUAGAUCACGGAGAGUUAGCAAGGGUGAGCUAUCCCGUUAUCGGAUUCUCUGGGGCCAGCGUCUACCCAGAGGGCAGUAUCCGUUUACCGGUUCAAGUGGGCAGAGGAUCAUCAGUCAGGGACUUAAUGGUCGACUUUUUGGUGAUAAAAGUACCAGCAGCGUAUAACGUAAUAAUUGGUCGACCAUUUAUUCAUGACGCGCAGGCGGUGGUGUUCACAUAUCAUUUGACCAUGAUAUAUCUCUCAAAUCUCGAAAGAACAGAAAGGGUACAUGGCAGUCAGGAGACUGCCAGAUCGUGUUAUCUGACAGCGAUAAAGGCACCAGGAAGGAUGGUGCCGAAAACCAACCUUGCCCGAGAAGCAAACAUGCCAACCAAAAGAAAGAGAGGGGAUCUGAGCAUGGAAAAUUUUGAUGAAAGGCCUGUCUGCAUCCCAAGGCCGGCUGCAGAUGGAGAAACUCGGGAAAUUGAAUUGAUAGAGGGAGUUCCAGAAAGAACGGUACGAAUAGGUGCCGAUAUGGAGGCAGAUCAGCAGGUCAAUCUUAUCGGCCUGUUACGAGAACAUGCAGACGUCUUUGCCUUCUCUGCAGAUGAAAUGCCCGGUAUCAGCCCGGACAUUAUAGUGCAUCGUCUGAAUGUAGAUAAGUCAGUCAGGCCGGUAAAGCAAAAGAAGAGAAAUUUCUCCAAUGAAAAAAAUGCUGCAAUAAAAGAAGAAGUAGAAAAAUUGCUGGAAGCAGGUUGGCGAAUGUGCGUAGAUUUUACCAACCUGAAUGGGGCAUGCCCCAAGGACUGCUAUCCAUUGCCACGAAUCGAUAGACUGGUAGAUUCAACAAGUGGCCACGCUCUUUUGAGUUUCCUGGAUGCCUUUUCAGGGUAUCACCAAGUCAGUUUGUGUAAGGCCGAUAGAAAGAAGGUCGCCUUCAUCACAGAUUCAGGGGUAUACAGCUAUAAGGCUAUGCCGUUUGGGCUGAAGAAUGCAGGAGCAACCUACCAGAAGUUGGUGGAUAAGGUAUUUGCUUCCCAGAAAGGGAGGAACGUAGAGGUAUAUGUGGAUGACUCAAUAGUUAAAAGCCGAUUGGCCAGCGACCACAUCGACGACUUGAGAGAAACUUUCGAAACUCUAAGGAGGUUCAGGAUGAAGUUAAAUCCCAAGAAAUGUGUAUUCGGGGUCCGAUCAGGAAAGUUCUUGGGUUUUCUAGUAAGCGAAAGGGGAAUCGAUGCCAAUCCAGAUAAGGUAGAUGCAAUUAUGAAUCUACCAGAAUCCGGUUGCAUAAAAGACGUGCAAAAGUUAACAGGAAGAAUGGCCGCACUGACCCGGUUCAUUAGCAAAUCAGCAGACAGGUCGUUGCCCUUUUUCAACGUGUUAAAGCAAAACAAGAAAUUCAAAUGGGGAGAAAAAGAAAAAGCAGCUUUUGAGGCAGUAAAACGGCACCUGCAAGCCUUACCCACAAUAGCUCGACCAGAUGAAGGAGACACACUGCAGCUAUACAUAUCUGCUUCUCAACACACAGUGGCAGCAGUACUGAUCAUAGAGAAAGAUAAAACACAAAUACCGGUGUACUUUGUCAGUCACAUCCUGCAAGAAGCAGAAACGAGGUACUCCUUGAUAGAAAAGUUGGGGUUGGCAGUACUGAUUGCAGCCAGAAAGCUGAGACCUUACUUUGAUGCACACGGAAUCCAAGUCCUCACAAACUACCCACUGGAAAAAGCAAUGCAAAAAAUGGACACAUCAGGUAGACUCCUAAAAUGGGCGAUUGAACUAUCAGAGUUUCACAUGGAGUAUCGGCCCAGAAUGGCUAUAAAAGCCCAAGCGCUGUCUGACUUCAUAGUCGAAGCAUCAUACCAGGAGGAGGAAAUAAAGGAAGGAAAAUGGGAAGUAGCAGUAGACGGCUCUGUCACCAAAUCAGGUGCAGGAGCAGGGGUAAUAGUUACCUCACCAGAAGGAGAUCAGUUCGAAUAUGCUAUUAAGUUCUCUUUCCAGGCGUCAAACAACGAGGCAGAAUACGAAGCCGCAAUCGCUGGCAUACAGAUCUGCGCGACAGCUGGUGCUCGUAGGCUCACACUCACAACCGACUCACAGCUGGUAGCAAACUAG